GAUAUUCCCCCAAUGUUACAAAUGAAUUAUUUUUAAGAAUGCUUUGUAAAUUAAGGUUAAGCAAAUAAAAAUUCAAAGGUAAAGAGGCUUUAACACGUAGUUCAGUGGGGGAGUUAGGACAAUUAGACACUGAAAAGCAGGCUAUUGAGAGGAGAUAAAGCCCAUUGUGCAGAACUAGGAUGCGAGACUGGUUGGGAAUUGUUGGCAGGCGAGUGUUUCCUGUUCAACAUGCGGAACAGGUUGCCAUGGGAUGAUGCCCGUGCAGAUUGCAAACAGAAGGGAGGGGAUCUUCUCAAAUACACAACGGAUGACACUCGACGUGCUAUUGAGGCACAUAUGGUACAGUUUCUUGGGGGAUUCAAGGUUUGGACAGGCCUGAACAAACCUGAUUACCCGACUGCAUCUUGCCUUCCAAUGUGGCGUUGGGGAGAUGGUGACUACACACAUCCAUCGCUGUCCAACAUCAACUGGGAUUCAGAACCUAACAAUGCCAAGGGAACAGAACACUGUGCUGACAUCUUAAAGGAUGGGAAAUACAACGAUCUCACUUGUGCUAGAUCUAGGGGAUACAUCUGUAAAUAUGACACUACAGGUGGGAUAUGCGCUGAUGAAUGGGAGUCCUAUGGUACUUCUUGCUAUUACUUCAGUACGAGGAGUGGUAGUACAAUGAAGAGCUGGGAUGAGGCUAAGACAGCAUGCAGGAACAUGCAAUCAACAUCUGACCUAGUAUGGAUCAACUCCCAAAGUGAGAUGUUAUGGUUCAAACAAAAGAUCAGUGACCUCUUCAGAAUACGUAAUGGCCCAUCGUGGUGGACUGGCCUCAACAAUUUACCAAAUGGCGAUAAGGUGAACUGGAAGUGGAACAGUGAUUCCAAUCUCGCAGACAUGUCUUUGAUUGAAUGGGACAAGGAACCUAAUAAUUACGGCGCCAGAGAGUACUGUGGUUUACUUUUGAAUGAUGGCACAUCAUUUAAAGACGUACAAUGCUCAUCAGAGAGAUCAUAUAUUUGCCAAGCUCCAGUAGGGAGUGGUUGCGUCGCAGGCUGGGAUGCUGGCGCUGGGAAAUGCUUCCAAUUAAAUACAGAAUUAAGACUUUCGUGGACUGAUGCAAGACAGGCGUGUAUGCAAUACCAAGGUGGGGAUCUUCUUGCACUAGACUCCCCACAAGACGCAGCAGUAAUAGCCACACUGGUGCAAAGGAAGGAUGAUCGUUUCUGGACAUCCCUCAAUGACCGCGAUCAAACCGAUAGAUGUCACCCCUGGGUUUGGGCAGAUGGAUCUAAAGCAGAUAAAAAGCUUAUUACUUGGGACGAGGAACCAAAUAAUUACAAUGGCCUGCAGAACUGUGGCCAGAUUUGGAAGAAUGGAGUUUUUGAUAAUUCGGGAUGUUCUAAUAUAAAACCAUAUGUAUGUGAAUACGAUGGUCAGCAAUCACCUUGUCAACAGGGUUGGUCAACAAGAAAGGGUCAUUGUUACAUGUUACAAGGAAUGGGGGACGCCACAAAGUACAAGAACUGGGUUGAUGCUAGAAUAAGCUGUGCAACAUCGAAUCCAAAUGCUGACUUGGUGGCUUUUGAUGACGAGGAUGAAAUGGAAUACGUGACUGAUUUGGUUGGCAUAAAACUCUUAGCUGACAAGACCAUAUCUGGAUUCUUUGUUGGUUUGAACCGAGAUGACACGAACUCACCCUGGAAGUGGAAUGACGAUGUUGUCAGAGCAGACAUGAGCCUAAUCCGUUGGGAUAAGGAGCCAAAUGACUUCAGAGGGGAGAAUGUUGCCGCUCUACAUGGCAUGGGAAGUAAUUUUGUGGAUUCUCUUAGAACAGCUAAAUACCGAUAUAUCUGCCAGAAGCCAACUACCAAAGUGAAUAGCGCCAUUACGUCAGCCACAAUAAAUUUGGCAGUUCUAACUUUUGGAGUUGUAACUGUGGUAUUCAUUUGAAGCAACAUCAACAGAUGUGACCAGGGGACUAAUCCGAAGUGACUUACAGUGUGGUCCAAAAAAGUGAACCCUUGCAACCGGCUAUAUUUCCAUUAUUACCUGCAGGAAUCCUUUCAUAGUUUCACAUAUUGUAGAAGAAUGUCUAAAAUUUUUGUUGGUACUAUACAUUUUUCU